GGUCUACAAAUUGGACUUAGGCGAAAUUUCAAAGAGGCCACAGUUGAAUGGGUCGAUUGUCCGGAUUUGACUCAAGAACCCUUUAAUCUUACCGCACCUGGAUUAUGCGGCAAUGAAGUACUUUUGGAAAUUGGUGGUAUAUCACAACAGUUUCCUCGUCCGCAUAUAUUGUUCAAUUAUGAUUUCAGCGAAAUCUUAAAAGGAAUACCUUUUAACCAUACUAAUGUCUUAGUAAUCGGUGCUGGUAUAAGUGUACGAUCAUUGGAUCUACAAUUUGGCGAGCUUUUCGUAAAUGCGUCAUUUUCACAAGUAUCUGCAGAUUCAUUAAAUAUCAACAACCAAAGCCGUCUGGCAUUUCUGGAUCAAGCAACAGGAAAAUGUGCAUUGGAAUCAAUAACUGAUAAUACACUUAUUUGCUAUCCAUAUGGAAAUUUUUUUAUCAGCGAAGGCAAACCGGGAAAGGUUCUUAAGGUGCAGGCUAAGAAUUGUUUUGGUUUGCAUUUUUUAACAGCAAUGGAGUGUAGUCUUUCUCAAUACUCUGUUGAUAUUCCUUCUAAUUUUGUAGGUUUAGGUGGUACGUUUGUGAUGAAAAAUGGAGUAGCCAGAACCCACGUUAUGCCAUAUUCUUGGAAUAAUCAUGUAGAAACGGCGGAAGAUAUUAAUAAUUGGCUUCGUUAUUCUGACUUAAACGCACCUUUAUUAGCAGUUGGCACACUUACCAGCAAUUACUCAUAUCAUGUAAAAUCUUAUGAAAAUGCUGAUAAAAUUGAAUUUAAGCUUACUCAAAACCAUUUUCACGCUUAUUCCUCCAGCGGGAAGGUGGACACUUUUACACGGAAAUCCAACCUUUAAAUGCAGUAGAAUAUUUGAGAUAUUUUAAGCCUGCGAAAACGUUUUUUCAUAUGAAUCCACAUCCUAAACACGCUAGAUUCGAUAAACUGCUAGACUUUAACGAUAUGAUAAUGUACUGGUAACUAAUCAAUACUGUUUUAAUUCAAUUUUAAUUAGAACAUUAAUGAUAAUGCAAUUUAUGCGUUGUUUUAAAAAUAUUUAAAAAUAUGAUUAGUCUUUUUUCUUAUAUA